CACCACCUGACAUUUCACAGAGAAAGAGAGAUAGAUAGAAAUCAAGAUUCAAUCUGAUUUCCAUUCCAAUUUCCAAUCCAUCCACCAUCCAUAUUCUCUCUCUCACAUGGGCACAGAAAAUUACAGAAAGAGUGGGCAGAUUCCGGCGUUUGGCGACUGGGAGAAUGCGAGUGAGAUGCCGAUAACGCAGUAUUUCGAGUGCGCGAGGCAGGCGGGGCUGCUCCGCUGCAGCUGCUCCGGCGAAUGCGGCGGCUCCUACGGUGCUAACGCCGCGUAUUGGGGCGGCGGCGGUGCUAAUUCUUAUGGGGUUGGUUAUGAGAAGCCUUUGCCUUUGCCUCGCCGAGUUUAUGCCGUUCCUGAGCGAAAGUCUCAGGCAAGAGGAGUGAACAAGGGGUAUCCACAUUCAAAUGAGCAAAUGAAGAAAGUUAAGGUUCGUGACUUGAUGAAUCAACCAAGAUUAAAUCCGACAGUCCCUCACAAACACCACCCAAAACAGAGUAAUACUACUAAAUCUGGAAACCUCGUACAACAUAGAUCCUCGGUUUCUGCUAAACCUGUGGAUGAGGAUCUGUACAAGAUCCCACCCGAGCUACUCGAAAAUUCGAAAAGAGUAAGUAAUUUGCUUUCAAUUUGUACAUGUUUUUGUGUAAAAGAUUUAUCUAAUAUUGAUAUUUUCUUCAGAAAAAAAUGCUGGGAUUCUUCUCCAAAUGCAUGGUUCCUCCAUGUGCUGCAUGAGCCAAGCUUGAGUAGUUUGCAUAGAAUGAUUGAAGCUAUUACACUUGUGAAAGACUAUGAAAAGAAUUUAUAAUCAAUUUUUCAUCUUCAUUGA